AUGUCACAAAGAAGGCGUCAAGCACCAUCCCUACCAGGCUUACCUAAGUAUUCAACAUCCUCCGAGUCCUCUUCCAGCUCAGAGGCGGAACCAGAAGACUACGAACCAAAGGCCAACCAAGGAGCAGUCACAACCCAAAAAGUAGCCCCAACCCAGAAAGUAGCCGUACCCCGAUUCGGAUCCGCAACCCAAAAAGUAGAGCCAAACCAAGAAACAGCCGCAGCGCCAGGAUACGUGGGAUACAUCUGGUCACCGCCACCGGGCUCACCCACAGAGAAAGAUGAAGACGAACCCGAACCCGAACUCGAUCCACUCUCAGAUGAUAUAAACUGGGAUGACGACGAAGACCCACACGAGCCCGAUGGAAAGGGCGAGGGGAACGGCGACGAAGAGCCCCAGACCACCGGCGUCGAAGCCCCGAACCCCAUCACCAUUCAGCUAAACCCCGUAGAGCGCAUAUUCAGAACGCCAUCUUCGACGGGCACCGUAUAUUCGUUUCCAGACCCAGAACUGGCUGGAACAGACGCAGUAGCAGAAGUAGUAGACUCAGCAGCGUCCUCGCCGCUAGGUGCAAAAAGUCCUACUCCACCCCCUCCCUCUCCCGGCCCACCUGCAAACAAGCCGAAGGAAAGAGGUAUGCCAACGGGUGUUGCUCCGAGGGCAGGACACCAACAUGCAGAAACGGGCAUGGAGGAUGACGCGCCGGAUGCUGGGGUAGCGCGCGCGGUAGCCGCAGCAAAGAAAAGGAAACGCGAGGAGGAAGAGAAGAAUAAGCGCAAGGCGCCGCCGCGGAAGAAGACACGGUUUGCGUCACCGGAGGAUGAUGACGACGACUUAUCGGAUGCGCCGUCGAAUCCCGAACCUCCUUCGCCAGUUGCGGUAGUUGAGACGGCGAAGAAGGGGAGGAAGACCAACAACGGGAAGAAGGAAGGCACAAAGCCGAAACCGGGUAAAGCGCCUCCCAAAAAACCGACGAAGAACACCCCGAAAGGCGUUAAGGGAAAGAAGGGUGAGGGUAUGGAGAAAAAGAAGUGCACUGGGACAACGACUAAGGGCGAGCCGUGUAAGAACCAGGGGAAUGUGAAGGAGGGAGAUGACUAUAACUGUGGGAAGCAUAAGCCUAAGGAGUGA